UUUUUUUUUCUCUUCAGAUCUCUUCUAAUUCUUCUGUUAGUGUUUUUGUUGUUGCAAUGUUUGUAUUAUUUGCUUUUAUUUAUUGAACCCCAUUAAGGAAAAUGUCAGCUUCACUAGCUGCAUUUGAGAGACCAAGAAUUGGUUCUUCAAAUACGGUUUUCAAGAGUGGGCCACUAUUCAUAUCUUCCAAAGGACUAGGUUGGAAAUCUUGGAAAAAACGCUGGUUCAUCCUUACGCGGACAUCUUUGGUCUUCUUCAAGAAUGAUCCUAGCACACUUCCUCAGCGAGGUGGUGAAGUGAAUCUAACUUUGGGUGGAAUCGACUUAAAUAAUUCAGGGAGUGUUGUUGUCAGAGAAGAUAAAAAGCUAUUGACUGUACUGUUUCCAGAUGGACGCGAUGGACGAGCUUUUACACUUAAGGCAGAGUCAUCAGAGGAUUUGCAUGGGUGGAAGACAGCCCUUGAGCAUGCUCUUGCACAAGCGCCAAGUGCUGCUUUGGUGAUGGGACACGAUGGCAUUUUCCGGAAUGACACUAGUGAUUCCUUUGAAGGGUCUUUCCAUCAAUGGAAGGAUAAACGCCCUGUUAAAUCUUUUGUUGUUGGGAGACCUAUUCUGCUCGCCUUAGAAGAUAUAGAUGGAGGCCCUUCCUUUCUGGAGAAGGCACUGAAAUUUCUUGAGAAAUAUGGUUCCAAGGUCGAAGGUAUAUUACGACAGUCUGCAGAUGUUGAGGAAGUGGAGCAGAGGGUAAAAGAAUAUGAAGAAGGCAAAACUGAAAUAGGCCCGGGAGAGGAUGCUCAUGUUAUUGGUGACUGUGUUAAGCAUGUGCUUCGUGAGCUGCCCUCAUCUCCUGUUCCUGCUUCCUGCUGUACUGCUCUGUUGGAAGCUUACAAAAUUGAUCGAAAGGAAGCUCGAGUUAAUGCUAUCCGCUCUGCCAUUCUCGAAACAUUUCCUGAUCCAAAUAGGCGCUUAUUACAGAGAAUUCUGAAGAUGAUGUAUACAAUUUCUUCACAUGAAUCUGAAAACCGGAUGACCCCAUCAGCUGUUGCUGCUUGUAUGGCGCCAUUACUUUUAAGGCCUCUUUUAGCUGGCGAAUGUGAGUUGGAUGAUGAUUUUGAUGCCAAUGGCGAUAAUUCUGCUCAGCUUCUUGCUGCUGCUACUGCAGCCAAUAAUGCCCAGGCUAUCAUUACAACCCUUCUUGAGGAGUAUGAGAAUAUUUUUGAUGAAGAUAAUCUACAUAGGUGCUCUAUUUCAGCAGAUUCUCAAAUUGGACGUAGUGGGAGUGAAGAAUCAUCAGAUAAUGAAAAUCUGGAUAUGAGAGACAAUGGUUAUCAUGAUGCUGAAAAUGAGGUUGACCCAGAUACUGAUGAUGAUUGUGAUCGCAUAUUGAGUGGUAAAUUAAGCGAAAGCAGUGGUUCUGCUGCCAGUGAUCUUUAUGAUUAUAAGGGGUUUGGACGUAAUGACUCAGAUGUUGGAUCUCCAAUAGAUGGUUGUUUACAAGAAGUGAAAUUGAAACCAAAGGUGGACUCUCAGCCACUUGCAGGUUCUAAUGUCCCAUUAAAUGAACUGGAAAGACGUGGAAAUGAUAUAAAUGCUUUUCGCGAAUUAGCUGUUACUGAGUCUCAGCGAUCCAUGGGUGAGAUACUGUCAUCUAUGGAUCCUGGGCCACCCCUCGGUGUCCCUGGACCUGAUUCAGGCAUAGAGAAACCGAGCAGCAAGCUAACACCUUCAAACCAGAAUGUCAAAAGGUCAACAUUUUGGGGGAGAAGCAAUGGUAGAAGUACUCCAUCAACAGAAUCAAUUGAUUCUUCUGGAGAGGAAGAGCUUGCUAUACAGAGACUUGAGAUAACAAAAAAUGACUUGCGCCAUAGGAUUGCGAAGGAGGCAAGAGGAAAUGCGAUUCUGCAAGCAAGCCUGGAGAGACGAAAGCAAGCUUUGCACGAGCGUCGCUUGGCCCUUGAACAAGAUGUGGCUAGACUACAAGAACAGUUACAGGCUGAGAGAGACUUGAGAGCUGCACUUGAAGUUGGUUUGAGCAUGUCUUCUGGACAGUUGUCAGGUUCUCGUACUAUGGAUUCCAAGACUAGAGCUGAGCUUGAAGAAAUAGCCCUUGCCGAAGCAGAUGUGGCUAGACUAAAGCAAAAGGUUGCUGAGUUGCACAAUCAACUUAAUCAGCAACGACAGCAUCAUUAUGGCUCAUUAGCUGACACUUGUGAUCGUUCUCAAAAUGGGCCAAACCAUAAUUCUCAGUUGAAGUUUUACCAGCAGGAUUUUGACACAACACUUGCUUUCUGUAAUCAUGAAAGAAGACAAAGAAAUGAGGAAUUGCUGGGUUCCGAUUUGAGGAACAUGAAAGGACAAGUACCAAUAUCUGCCUCUGGUAUUAGGCAGCCUUCUCGGAAACAACUCCGAGAGACAAGCUUAAGUGAUUCUAAGAGUACUGAAGCAUCAACCAGCCUGUCUGUGGGUGAAUACGGUGCUGUUGAUUCUCCCCCCCUGCAUUCGACUUCAAAGGCCACUGAGCAGGUGAUGGAUUAUACACGACACCCUUCGGCUGCAUCUUCUACUUUGGUCGAAUUAACAACACGUCUUGACUUCUUCAAGGAAAGGCGCUCUCAACUGAUGGAGCAACUCCAUAACCUUGACCUAAACUAUGGACCAACAUCUCAUCAACCUAUGUACAAACCUUCAUCUCCUCCAUGGAACUGAAUUAAGAUUUUGUUUGAGCUUUCAAAGCUCCUAUCGUUUGUAUAUCCUCUGUGUAUUAUAGCCUAUAGGUUUCUAAAAUACUGUAUACUUCGAGGUAUCCUUAUCGUUCUCACCUCUGCCCUUUCUUUUUGGUUGUAUUGAUGAUACCUCUAUGUAUCGUUAGUGAUCUCAUUAAUUCUGAAAUUCACAUUGUAAAAUAAUAAAUGUAUAUUAUUGUGUCGUCUUGUAGACAAGGCACCUUGCCGCAUGCAGUUGGAACAUUUUCAUGUA